CAUAUAUAUAUAUACACACACAGAUAUAUAUAUAUAUAUAUCUAUCAGGGGUAGCUGAGAAAGACCUCUGCUCUUCUCAAGCCCAAACCAUUUGCAUCUCUCUGCUCUUUUUUCACAUCCCAAUCAGAAUCAGAUACCUCUGGUUUUUCUUGCCCAAACACCACUUCUCUUCUUCUCCAGAUUUUUCUCUCUUCUAAAUUCAGGUUAAACUAUAGUUCUUGUGAACAUGUUUCUUAUAAAAAGAAAUAAUCAGAAUCAUCAUGUGGAUGAGGAUGCACAAAAGGAAGAAAAGGUCAAACAACUUAGCGAGGCUCUUGGCUCAUUAAGUGGGCGAAGUUUAAAGUACUGUACAGAUGGAUGCCUUAGGAGAUAUUUGGAGGCUAGGAACUGGAAUGUUGACAAGUCAAAGAAAUUGUUGGAAGAGUCACUUAAGUGGAGGGCUACUUAUAAACCUGAGGAAAUCCGUUGGAAUGAAGUAGCUCAUGAAGGUGAGACUGGCAAAGUGUCCAAGGCAAACUUUCACGAUCGACUUGGGAGACCUGUGCUUAUAAUGAGACCAGGAAUGCAGAACACAAAUUCACCAGAAGGCAACAUUCGCCACUUAGUCUAUCUCAUUGAAAAUGGUAUACUCAACCUUCCAGAGGGUCAAGAACAAAUGUCAUGGUUGGUUGACUUCACUGGAUUUUCAUUGAACACAAACAUCUCUGUCAAGACAGCUCGUGAUAUUAUCAACAUUCUUCAAAAUCACUACCCUGAGAGGCUAGCUGUUAUUUUUCUUUAUAACCCACCAAGGAUUUUUCAGGCUUUUUAUAAGGCUGUGAAGUAUUUCCUUGAUCAAAAGACUGCUCAGAAGGUCAAAUUCGCUUACCCCAAAAACAAAGACAGUGUGGAGCUCAUGAAGUCAUUCUUUGACAUUGAUAAUCUUCCCAAUGAGUUUGGUGGUAAAGCCACAGCCACUUUAAAGUACGACCAUGAAGAAUUUUCAAGGAUGAUGGCCUUGGACGAUGUCAAAACUGCCAAAUUCUGGGGUUUCGAUGACAAGCCCUCUCUAAAGACAAAUGGUCACUUUGGGCCAGAGGUGGCACCAACUCCCAUUCCCCUGGCUCCACCUGCUAGCUGAGACUCGAAGAAAUGACCCUCUUGCCUAAUCUGUCUUUUUAUUAUGACUGUUUAAAACUGUAAAAUAUAGAACCGGCUGAACCAGCUUCUAAUCUUUUUAGCUUUAAUCUGGUGAUGGGAACCAGAACAUUUGUUCUUUUAUUAUUGAGGCUAUUCACAAUUAUAGCGGCUGAUAAACAUUUGUCUUCUAUUCUCGUUACUUGAUAUGAGCUAAGAGACUUGACUAAAUUUUACACUUUACAUUUUCUUUUA